AAUUAACGGUAGAGAUGUUAUGUCUUGACUUCGAAGUUCGAACUUUGCAGUCUUCCUCGACCUUCCCAAUUUGCAUAUGCAGUUCAGUUCUACCGUCCGGUCUCUUGCCAUCUGCAGUUCAGUUCUGUUCCACUGAUAAGACCCAGCCAUCUGAUUCCCGCGAAAUUGUUGGGCCGACCUAUUCUUUCGAGUUUCUUCUGAGGGGGUCAUCGAUUCGAAUCGGGAUUGACUGCAUUUAAUCCUCGUUCUUUUUUCUUCUGGUUGCUCCUUCCAAAUGCGGAAGAGCGAUUCCUUCAAGUACCCGGCUCAGGGAACCGAGUCAGGGCAUACACGGAGUGCUGAUUUGGGGUUCGGCGGCAGCGAUCGGAGGUACGCUUACUCCCGCCAAUCUUCGUUUCGCCAACCGCAGGAUCUCCCCGGUAGUCCGAUUUCAUUCCUGCCCAAUGACGCGGGCAAGCCUUUUCUCUCCCGCACCUCCUCCAGCAUCGAUAUGCCGCCGGAGAUUUAUAAUUACUCUUUCAGUUACCUAAAGGAUGGUGUUUUUGGCGAUUCCAAUGACUCGGCUGCCGGCGGGAGGAAUGAGAAAUUGUCGGUGUUUUCCGUGUUUAGGGCAUUAAGGUAUGGGAACCGGCAAAUGAAGAGGCUUUUCCUAAUGAUUUUCCUCAAUGUUGCGUAUUCUACGACCGAGUUAGGGAUUGGGCUAAUUACUGGGCGUGUGGGUUUGGUAUCUGAUGCAUUUCAUUUGACUUUCGGGUGUGGUCUUCUUACAUUCUCCUUGUUUGCAAUGGCUGCUUCUCGGAAAAAGUCUGAUCAUGUUUACACUUACGGGUACAAAAGGCUUGAGGUGUUAUCCGCUUUUACUAAUGCUGUAAGUAUCCGACAUUUCCUUUACGUUGUGGAAUUGGAUUUAGUCGAACGUAGGAUAGUACAGCUGUUUCUGCUGUUCAUGUCAUUCUCCUUAGCAGUGGAAGCUCUUCAUGCAUUCGUACAAGAUGAAUCUGAGCACAAGCAUUAUUUGAUUGUCUCUGCUGUCACAAAUUUGGCGGUGAAUCUUAUUGGUGUCUGGUUCUUCAGGAAUUAUGCCCGUGUAAAUAUUGUCUACAGAAAUGCUGAAGACAUGAAUUACCAUUCAGUAUGCUUGCAUGUCUUGGCCGACUCCAUUCGGAGUGCAGGUUUGGUACUGGCAUCAUGGUUCUUGUCGCUUGGGUAAUUAAUUUUCUUUCCUUCCAUUUGUUACCGUCAUUGAGAGUUGUGAAAUUUUUCCCUCCCCCAUGCUUCUUGGCACCUUCGGUUGUGCUCAUCAGUAACCAUUUUUCUUGUUAUGUAUGUUUCAGAGUUAAGAAUGCAGAGGUUCUGUGCUUGGGUCUAGUUUCUGUUACCGUGUUUAUGCUUGUCAUGCCUCUUUUCAAAGCGGCUGGAGGUGUGUUGCUUCAGAUGGCACCACCAAGUAUUCCAUCUUCAGCAUUGAGCAAAUGCUUGAGACAGAUCACUGCUUGCGAAGAUGUUUCCGAGGUAUCGGACGCCCGUUUCUGGGAAUUGGUUCCUGGCCACACGGUUGGUUCUAUCUCAUUGCAGGUGAAGGGAGGAGUGGAUGAUCGGCAGGUGCUAGAAUUUGUACAUGGGCUUUACCAUGAUUUGGGGGUGCUGGAUCUCACUGUCCAGACUGAACAGGAAUGAAUAAGAAGUUUUCAACUUUAGCUGUAUGUUUUGGCUUCUCACUUGGUUGCAACUCUUGCCAUUUCCAUUUACCGGAGGGAUGGAUAGUCUACAACAGAUCCAGCGGAUAAGAUAUCUUUGGAGAGUAGUAUUUCGUUGUUUUUGAUAGAUAGACAAAGAUUUUAUCAGACUAACAGUAAUGUUAAACAAACACAGCUAUUUGUCGAGUUAUAGUGAGUGAUAAAGAUGUCGAACUUACUACCCUUGUAGUUCCCUUUUGUUGAUCUUCUUCCCCUUUUUUGUUUCAAACUCAAGCUCGCAGAAGAAGCCUAUGUAAGAAGUGUCGCUAAAUUUUUUCAAGAAACAGAAAUGAUCAAAUUACAGUUGCC